GGGCCGAGCCCAGGCCCGAUCCCGAUCCCGGUCCCGAUCCCGAGCCUCGCACCGCCCGUCCCGCACCGCCCUUCCCGCACGGACACCGCAGGACCAUGGAUUUCCCUGGGCACUUUGAGCAGGUCUUCCAGCAGCUGAACUACCAGCGGCUGCACGGGCAGCUGUGCGACUGCGUGAUCGUGGUGGGCAACCGGCACUUCAAGGCGCACCGCUCGGUGCUGGCCGCCUGCAGCACGCACUUCCGCGCGCUCUUCACCGUGGCCGAGGGCGACCAGAGCAUGAACAUGAUCCAGCUGGACAGCGAGGUGGUGACGGCCGAGGCCUUCGCCGCGCUCAUCGACAUGAUGUACACGUCCACGCUGAUGCUGGGCGAGAGCAAUGUGAUGGACGUGCUGCUGGCCGCCUCGCACCUGCACCUCAACUCGGUGGUCAAGGCCUGCAAGCACUACCUGACGACGCGGACGCUGCCGCUGUCGCCGCCCAGCGAGCCCGCGCAGGAGCAGAGCGCGCGGCUGCAGCGCUCCUUCAUGCUGCAGCAGCUGGGGCUCAGCAUCGUCAGCUCGGCGCUGGGCUCCUCGCAGGGCGCCGAGGAGCCGCCCGGCGCGCUGGGCGCGGCGCUGCGCGGCGGGCUGGAGCAGCGCGCCGCCUUCCCCAUGCGCCGCCUGCACAAGCGCAAGCAGUCCUCCGAGGAGCGCGCCCGCCAGCGCGUCCGCCCCGCCAUGGACGAGCCCGUGGCCGACGUGGCCGCUGAGAGCGGGCAGCCCAGCGUGCACUCCCGGGAGGAUUUCUUCUCUCCGGACUCGCUCAAGAUCGUGGACAACUCCAAGGCCGACGCGGUUGCCGAUAACCAGGAGGACAACACGAUCAUGUUCGACCAGUCCUUCGGCGCUCAGGAGGACGCCCAGGUGCCCAGCCAGUCGGACAAUGGUGAGGGGAACAUCUCCCAGAUGUCUAUGGCGUCCCAGGCCACGCAGGUGGAGACCAGCUACGACCAGGAGGCUGCUGCUGAGAAGAGCAACUUCCCGUGCGAAAACCCCGAGGUCAGUCUGAACGAGAAGGAGCACAUGAGGGUGGUGGUGAAGUCUGAGCCCCUGAGCUCCCCGGAGCCCCAGGACGAGGUGAGCGAUGUCACCUCGCAGGCGGAGGGCAGCGAGUCGGUGGAGGUGGAAGGAGGAGUGGUGAGCGCAGAGAAGAUCGAGCUGAGUCCCGAGAGCAGCGACCGCAGCUUCUCGGACCCGCAGUCCAGCACCGACAGGGUGGGGGACAUCCACAUCAUGGAGGUGUCCAACAACCUGGAACACAAGUCUUCUUUCAGCAUUUCCAACUUUCUGAAUAAAAGCAGGGGAAGUGGCUUUGGCGCCAGCCAAAGCAACGACGACAACAUUCCCAACACCACCAGCGACUGCAGGAUGGACAGUGACGCCCCUUACCUGAUGAGCCCGGAGUCGGGGCCCGCCGGCAGCCACUCGUCCGCCGCCGUGUCGCACGUGGAGAACCCGUUCAGUGAGCCCACAGACUCCCACUUCGUGCGGCCCAUGCAGGAUGUGAUGGGUCUGCCAUGCGUGCAGAGCUCCGGCUACCGAGCGGCGGAGCAGUUCGGCAUGGAUUUCCCACGCUCCGGCCUGGGCCUGCACUCGCUGUCUCGGGCCAUGAUGGGUUCUGUGAGAGGCGGAGCCGGUGGCUUCCCCGGCUACCGCCGCAUCGCCCCCAAGAUGCCCGUGGUGACCUCGGUGCGGAGCUCGCAGCUGCAGGAGAGCUCCUCGGGGUCGCAGCUGAUGAUGAACGGCGGCAGUUCCUUCGAGGGCGGGCACCUGUCGCAGCCAGGCCCGCCGCAGCUGACGCGCGCCUCCGCUGACGUGCUGUCCAAGUGCAAGAAGGCCCUGUCGGAGCACAACGUGCUGGUGGUGGAGGGUGCGCGCAAGUACGCCUGCAAGAUCUGCUGCAAGACCUUCCUGACGCUGACGGACUGCAAGAAGCACAUCCGCGUGCACACGGGGGAGAAGCCCUACGCCUGCCUCAAGUGCGGCAAGCGCUUCAGCCAGUCCAGCCACCUCUACAAACACUCCAAGACCACCUGCCUUAGGUGGCAGAGCAGCAACCUGCCCAGCAGUUUGCUGUGAGCCCGGCAGGCAGGCGGGCGGGCGCACACCGGCGUGCCACGGUGCCAAACAUAGUCUUGGCUCUGCCAUUGGGGAUAUCCGGUACCUACCUCGCGGGUGUCGCCGCCGGGAGCCGCGCGGCGGGAUGGGGAUGCGACCCCCACGGCCAAGAGCCCCUUUGCAGGGCAGAGGGGCGACAGCACGGGGGUCUCCUGAAAUAGCACGGUUUGAGAACAAGAAACUGACGUGCGCUUUCCUUUCUUUUUGUCUUCUCUCUAAAGCGUUUUGUAACAGUGGAAGCAUUUAAAUGAUUACUGUAACAUGAGUUGCUGCAUUACCUGAGGAUGGAGCUGCAGACCCCUUACCUUUCAAAGAGGAAAACAGCUUAGGCUGCACCUGUCUGACAUAAUGCUUUAAAAUACGCUACUUACGACGAUAGUUCUAGGAUUAUGAAUGUAUGUUUGGCUGUUUUGUAGUAAAGGACACUGUGUAAUCAAGGUGCUUAAAUUAAAUCCCACACAAAUAACUUUCGGACUGCCAGGUGUACAUAUAACUUUAAUACAGCAAGAUCUGGAUAUUUGGCUGUUUUUUUUUUUUUCCGUAGAAAUGAGUAUUGAGUGGUAAGUGAAGUACUGUCUCUUGUUUGUGCUAUUCCUAGCAGUAUUUUAACCAGUUUGUAUCUCCUAUGUCACAAUUCUAUAUACGCAGAAGUUUGAACAGAGCUUGUCUUUGUCUGUUGUUUUGAAGGAGAGGGACUUUUUGAUGGCUUUUUUUGCCACGGAAGGCAGCCUCUCGCUGUUCCCAGAUGCCCAGAGUCCAUCUGCUCCCCAUUACGGUGUGAGCACGUUGUCUCUUCUCUUAUCUCCAGGCUGCAAUCUCCUGCCCUGCGCACCGAGGGACUUCCCUCUGCAGCUGUGGAUCUGUCCUUGGGUCAGGAGCAAUCCCCCUUUGCCGUGUUGCACAGAAUCACAGAGUAUGCUCACUUGGCAGGGACCCCUCAGGAUCACUGUGUCCAGCUCCUGGCCUUGCAGGGGAUAUCCCAACAAUCCCAUCUUGUGCCUGACACUUCUUCACCUCAGGCAGCCUUGGGCCUGUGACCCUGUCCCCGGGGAGCUUCUUCAGUGCCAGACCAUCCUCUGUGUGGAAACCCUCUCCUGGUAGCCAACCUAAACCUCCCCUGAUUCAGCUGCAGCUGUUUUCUCACAUCCUGUCACUGCUCACAAGAGUGGGGAGAUCUGUUCCUGCUCUUCUGCUGCCUCUCAGGAGGAUGCUGGAGACCCUGGCGAGGUCUGACCUCGGUGUCUCUCCUCCAGGCUGAACAAACCAAGUGCCCUCAGCUGCUCCUUGAAAAGUUUCCUCUCCAGACCCUCAGCAGCCCCAUGGCCUCCUUUGGACAGUAACAGCCUAAUGUCUGAGGCUGCCCCAGAGCAGAGCAGAGCAGAGCUGAGCAGGACAAUCCCUCCCUCACCCGGCUGCUGACACCCCCAGGGUGUGCCAGGGCACAGCUGGCUCACAUUCUGUAAAAUGUCCUUGUCAAAUCCACUGAAGUACUUUUCUCCUUACAUUUAAAAAAGCUAGUGUAAAUUUAAUUUAAAAAAAAAGCAUCAUACGCACGCAGCAGAAAUUUGUUGUUUUCCAUGUGAAUCAUGUAAAUCUCUUUUUAAUUUCCCCUUCUUUGGUGCCAUCAUCACUUAACACUGCCUGCAGUCUCCUUUCUUCCUUGCCAAAGGUGCACACGAACCGUGCUCAGCAUUCUGAAGUUUUAAAAUAAACUUUCAGGGCAUUUCUGCUGAUGGUAAAUGCUGCUCAGCCGAGCAGGGGCUGGGUCCAGGCUGCAGUGUGUCCUUCUGCUCAGGUGAGACAGGAUUCCCUGCACCUGCCCUAUCAGUGUGUUGUUUGCACCUUGACCAUCUGAGGAAUGCAGAAACACAGGAGAUGGUUGGAUUAAUUACUUUAAAAUAUUAAUAUUUGGUUAUAGGAUUUACUUAAUGGUCAUAUUUCUGGCUCUUGAUUUUUUUUUAAAGCAUUAAAAUAACACUUUUUUUAAAGCAGUGGGAUAUGCUGUGUUUUGUUAUAAAUAAUUUCAGUAUUGGGGACUAACAGCAUUGAGCUGCAUAAACAGUCUCCCAAACAUCAAUAAAAUGCAGUAUUUUAUACUUUAAUAUUUUCUUUUGUUGCUUUGUUAAGUAACACUGCUUCAUCUUCAUCGCAUUUCUGGUGUUUUGCUUUUUAACAACAAGGCUUGGUUUUUUUCAUUUUGUGUUUCCUGUAGCACAUCCACAUUUUUGAAUUGUUACAAUGUUUUGGAAUAAAGCAUCUCUGCGCAAUGAGACUAACUAGGAACAAUUACGAGCAGAUAAACACUGAACUGAACUUUUGCAGUGUUUUAUAAAAAUUUGAUUGUGGAGUAUCAGUGCAGGAGGACUCCUGUGUUCUUUCUUUGUGAAAAAGCUGGGAGCGUUCUUGGAAGCGGCAGCUCUAAAUUCCAUUGUCGGUUAUGUGAGGCCUGGGGCCCGCAGCUGCCUCGCAGCUUUCUGAGUCUUCCUGAACGAAGCAAUAAAUUCUGGGAACAGCAGGAGUGAGCACCCGGGGCCUGAGCUGCCGCGGCCGCCCUGCAGCCUGCAGAGCUCUGCAGAGCUGGCGCCCUGCGCCGCGCCCAGAGGCAAACCUCGCACGGGGAUCUCGCUCGGGGCUCUCGGGGUCUGUUCCUAAACACCUGCAAAUAAACCCUGCGUUUCUGUG